GAAGAGAACUUUUGAACUUGUAUAAAUACCCCCACAAUAUGCAACAAGUCUCUUAAACCACCCCUUAAUUUUACUCUCUCUGUGUCUCUGUCUCUCUCUAGAAUUUUCAUACAUACAUAUAAUUUAUAUAUCAUGGAAGAGUUAGAGUAUCAAAGAAAACCAUGCAAUAACAACAUAAGUAAUGGACGCUUAAAACUCUUCGGUUUCAGCGUAACUGAAGAAGAAGAAGUAGACUCCACCAAAACACCAUCAAGCUCGCCGGAUUCCGGAAGUUUUCCAACUUCCGACGGCCGGAAGUACGAGUGCCAGUACUGCUGCCGGGAGUUUGCCAAUUCACAAGCUCUGGGUGGUCACCAAAAUGCUCAUAAGAAAGAGAGGCAACAGUUGAAACGUGCACAAAUGCUAGCUAGUAGAAACGCUGCCGUAUCCUACAUGCGGAACCCCAUAGUCUCCGCUUUUGCUCCGCCGACCAACCUCCUUGCUCCGCCUGGCUCUGUGAUGGUUUCAGCCCCUGCAUCUUCGUCCACGCCGUGGUUGUACGUUCCACGCGCCGCGCAGCCCUUCCAGGUAUCGCAUGGGUGCGUGUUCCCCACAUGGUCAACAGGGAGGGGUGCAGGGAACUUAUCGUAUACCAGCAGUGUUGGUGAGUCCAGCUUAACUGGUAUUGGGCCUCAAGCGAUCAAGGCCCAUAAUGGAAGGUUAGAUGGGCCUUCAUUAAGUAGAUUCUCUAGGGCAGACGAUGGGCCCAGUUUAGAUGAUGGAUUUGGGCUUGAUUUGCAUCUUAGCCUGGCGCCAGCCGCGCCGUGAGAUCAGGUUAGGCUAUAGGGUUGGCUUAGCCAAUAGCCAGUACCUGGGACUUCACGAGGAUCAAGAGCCGAAGCUGUGUUUUACAUCUUUGUUAACCAGCUGGAAAGCCCAAGCCCAUGUUAAUUUAUCAAUUAUCCAGAAAAUGUACAUAUUCAGAUUUAUUCAUUUAUUUUUUUCUCAUGAGGAUUUUCGGUUUUCUAACUAUUUUAAAAUUACCCCCAGUUUUCAAAAUAUUAGAAUGUAAAAUAUUGAUUGAGUUGUACCUUCAUGUGCAAAUAUAGUGAAUAUAAAAUCAUCCUACGUAGUA